AUGUCUCUUCCACGGAUUUCCUUCUUGGAAGGAUGGGAGCGUACGCCCGCCGCCGCUCUAUUGCGGGGCCGUGCGGAGGAGCCGCCGUCAGACACCGAAUCUGAUACGUACCAAGAUCUGCCAGACGAUGCUUCAGUGGCCUCGUCUUUCCCCUCUACGUAUACCAGACUCAAUUUCAAUCCAUAUGCCGGACCGGGCUGGAAUGAGAGCGCGAUAGACGACCGGGACGAACGGCGGUCGCUGCUAAGCAAUCUAGGACUCACGUCAACCAGCCCGCCAGAUGCACGGACCGGCCUGGAAAGAAGACAGUCCCCAGCGCCGCAGGGGUCCGUGGCGCAUAAAGAACCCGUGGCUGUGCAAAAUACGCGGGCGGCCUUCGAAGUGAGUCCCUCGCGAAGAAUAGCUCAAGUCGCGUUGGCUGUGGUUUACUGCUUCCUCGCCGCAGGAGUCGUCUUCGGCUUCGCAGCCUUGAAGCCCGUCCUCAUCCGCGAAGGAGUCUAUCGUCACCUUUGUACUGCAGACGAAUUGAACAGAGAUGUAGUUGUUUGCGACGGUCAAGAAAUCAGACUGAACUUGAUGUUCACCAUCGCCGCCGUGGUGACCAAUGUCUCGGCUCUACCGGUCGGCACGAUCCUAGAUGCGUAUGGUCCACGCGUCAGUGGCAUCAUCGGAAGCAUUUGUCUCGCGGCUGGCGCUUUUCUUUUCGCCGUAGCCAAGGAGCUGCCAUUUGAUGGCUACAUUCCUGGAUACCUAUUCCUCUCCCUAGGAGGACCGUUCGUGUUCAUCUCGUCUUUCCAGCUUUCCAAUACCUUCCCGAAGCGAUCUGGAUUGAUCCUGUCCAUGUUGACCGGCGCCUUUGAUGCAUCAAGUGCGCUUUUCCUCGUCUUCCGUCUUCUACAUGAAGGCACAGAUGGCGCUAUCACGACGCGGACUCUCUUCUUGUUGUACCUUGUGGUGCCUGUCCUCAUCCUCAUCGUUCAAGUCAGUGUGAUGCCAUCAACGUCAUACAAGACGACCGGAGAACUCGUACAAGAAGUCGAAGCCCAGGUCUUUGAUGAAAUGAAUGAUCGCAUCGACGAGAACACCGAGAAUCGUAAUGAAAGCGAGCGUCAACGCUUCGUUCGGCGUGAACGACGGCAAACCAUUGUCAAUCAAAUUCACGACCUCCUCGACGACGGCACAGCCUCCGUCAUCUCGGCCGCGGGUAUCAACGAGAGCGUCUUCAACUCCCCCUUAGGACCAUCGAGUCCGAUAGCUGGUCAAUGCGAUCGCACGCUUCGCGAGCAACAAUCGAAAUCCCAGCUCCAGCAGUCUCUGCCUCAGAACCCACCUAAUACUAGUGGGGUCUGGGGUGUCUUGCAUGGCCGCAGUGCGUUGAAGCAGUUGCAAACACCGUGGUUUAUUUUGAUCGCUCUUUUCACCAUUCUAAUGAUGCUUCGCAUCAAUUACUUCGUCGCCUCCCUCCGUUCCCAGUACACAUAUCUUCUCGGCUCCCGCUCCGAGGCGGCCAGAAUCAAUGGUAUCUUCGACAUACUACUUCCCGUUGGAGGACUCGUUUCCAUCCCAUUCAUUGGGACCUUCCUGGAUGGUUUCCAAACGCGCACUAUCCUGGCCGUUCUGGCCGUUAUCGCCACUGCGUUUGGAAUUCUUGGCUGUAUCCCGCACAGCGAUUUCGCCGCAUACGCCAACAUCGCUCUCUUCGUGCUCUAUCGCCCGUUCUACUACACCGCUGUUUCCGACUUCGCCGCUAAAGUCUUCGGAUUCCAGACUUUUGGCAAAGUAUACGGACUGAUCAUUUGCUUGGCAGGUCUAGGAAAUUUCGCGCAGGCUGGCUUGGACACGAUUACACUCAAGCGGUUUGGUGGGAACCCAAUCCCGGUAAAUGUGGUGCUUACAGCACUUGUCGGAUUAGUCGGUGCUGUCUUGGUGGGGUUCGUAAGCUGGAAGACCGUUUUUCUUCGAAGCGAGCGUGAAAAGCAAUCGCUCAACACAGAAGAUGGGGUGAUGCAAGCGUCAUUCCCAGGCACCAAUGGCAAUGGACUAGCACCAGGCAAUGGAGAACGGCAGCCUCUGCUAUCGAACGGCGGCACGGAAGGCACAGAGCAGCGAGGCAGAACUUAUGGCUCGUAA